CCGGAACUUCUGAGAGUGCGAGAAAGAGCGCCUCUAUUCAAUUUGAAAACAACGAACAACAGGUGGUGACACUGAUCUGGAGUCAGCACCCUCAACUGGUCAGUCAUGAGUUUUGCUCCAAGUCCAUUCACCCCCAUGGGCAUCCGCAGCAUUCAGGAGCAGCGGGACCGCUGGGAAAGGAAGAGGAGCCGCACGGCCCGCGAGCUAGUCCAGAGUGAACAAAGAUACUGCGAACAGCUGGAUUUAGUUGUCACGUACUUUGUGGAGAUCUUGAAGGCCAAAGGAACCCUCAGGCAGGACAUUAGAGAAAGCAUCUUCAGUUCAAUUAAAUCCAUUCAUUUAAUAAACCAGACCCUACUCGGUCAUCUUGAAAUGGGGAGGUUUGGCAUUGGUUUUGAGGAGUUCUGCGCUCAUCUGCAGUUAUACAACACGUACGUUGACAACAUUCAGACGGCUAAAAAAAGUCCUCAUGGUAAGUCGAAGUUAAAUGUUCAGCUGAAGAAAAGCAAAGCCUUCAGACGGUUUAAAAAGCUCCAGGAGUCGAGGCCAGAGUUCAAGCAGCAGAAACUUGAGGACUUGCUAACGCUUCCCCUUCAGAGGAUCCAGCAGUACAAGCAUUUCUUGAGGGACUUGACAGAGAACACCGGUCCAGACAACCCGGAGUUUCAGCAGCUUUCAAAGGCAGUGAAUGCCGUCUCAGAGGUCGCCCAGCGGAUCCAGGACAACGCUCGCAGCCAUGAGAACCACCUGCAGCUGAGCAGAGUCCAGAAACAGCUGAAGGGCCGAAAGACCAGAAUCCUGACUCCAGGGAGGUGGUACAUUCGGGAAGGCUGGCUAAAGACAGUGCCCCCUAAAGGCACGGAGGCAAAACCCAAGAUGUUUUACCUGUUUUCUGACAUCCUGCUCCAGGCCAAACAAUGCAGUCCCAUACAUCCUACCAAUGGAAAUAAGUUUGCAUGCCAGCGAAUCUACCCAUUGAAGGAGUGCACUGUGGACAAAGUCUUCGGCCACACCAAAAGCCAGGGAGGCCUUAUUAGUUUGACCUUCGCCAGGGCCAAACUGCUUCUAAUGUCCGAUGAUCAGGGGGACAUUAAUGAUUGGUACCGUAGCAUCUGCUUGGCCAUUGGGCAGCUGAAGUCAAAGAAAACAGUGGUGCACAGGAGAGACGAGCUGCGUAGGAAGCCAAUCAGAUCGGAUCCAGACAGUCAGAACACGCCAGAACUGCAGCAGACACGUGGAUUAAAAAGAACCAUGAUGUUAGAUGAAGAAGUUUUGGAACACCGAGAGGGUCAAAGCAGCAGUUCCAUCCCUUCAACAGGAGAAAACGGCCACAGCGCCACCAAGAGGCUGAAGCCUAAUGAAGCUCCUGCUGCAAGACCACAGGAGUCUUCUGGAUCGAGCUGCGUCAUACUGUGAGGAGAUUCAGGUUCUGAAAAGAGCUGAAAGAUCUGCCCACAGACAGAAGGAGCAGAGGUGAUUCAGGAUAAAUGUAAUGCAAUGCACAUCUACUCCAUACUGCUGCAUUUUUUUCCAUAUGCCAAAGAUUAUGGUGCAAUGCAGGCGUAUUGCUUUUAAGCAUGUUUACUGUUCACAUUUUAAAGCUUUUUAUACUGAGACGUCUUACUGUGUAAAGUGCAGAAUUACUUGGUUAUCACUAAUAAUGGCCAGAAUCUAACAAAAAAUACGCAGACACAAAAACGUCAUGUAUAGUAACAAUUUAUACACUCAUCGACUAUAUAUAUCACUGAAUAUAUAUAUAUAUCACUAUAGUACAAAACAAUGCUAUUGUUUAUCCUUUUGUCAUCCUUUUUAAUAUGAAAUAAUUCAGUGCAAUAAGGUUUUUUUUUUUUUUUGUUUGCAUGAGGUUUUGCUCUUUUAUACACUGGAACAAUAGGGGAAAUCUGCUUUUAUAUACUGAAUGUUGUUUUAAUUAUACUCUGCAGUACUUAAUGCAAAUAUAUAAUUUUUUUUGUCUGCUUGUGUUAAUGAAAGUUUUACUGUUAGAUCGAUUUAGGGGUGUAAUUGUUACUAACUCUGUCACACUGGUCAAUAUUAUAUUUUGCAUGUGAAUUAAUAAAAGCUCAGUGAUUUGCUCUAAAUAUUGAC